UUCAUUAAAAAAAAAUUAGGUGAUAACGAAAGAAAGGCGGAGUCCGGAAAAAAAGAAAAAAAGAAAGGCAGAGUGUUUAUGUUUUGAAUUAAUUCGAAGACAUUUUGGAUGAUUGAUGAAUGGGUUUCGAGGUACAUUUGAAGCCUAUCUUCGGCCACCCCAAGGUCGAGUGGGCGGCGGGUAACGCUUCUACUCCGCCGCGUCGGUUCUUGUUCCACGUCCAUGCCUCCCCUGAUUCUCUGCACCUCAGAAUCCAUGUCACUGAUUUCCACUGCGACACCUGGGAGGCCGUACGGUCGGUUUCCCAGCUUGACGACAUGAGGGACAGCAUUGGAAUAGGAGGCUCCUGGUCAGACUUCUUAGACUAUCUUAUAGCUUCCGUAAAAUCCGAAGAUGUAAAGCUUGUUUUGGAGGGACAUUCAAACUCCGACGGUGCUGCAUAUGCAAAACUAGUGGCUCAAAAAUCAAAAGGAAUGCCCGUAAUUUCCAUUUCUCUUACAAAACUUGUGGGGACUGCUGGUACUGAGGCUAUUGCAAAUCUAUCUCUUCAUCUCUUCGAAGAAUUCAAAAGCAUCCAUGAGUCUUAUGUGGAAGAAAAACAGCGCUCUGUUGAAUUGUCAAAAGUGAUAUCAGCUGAAAAGGAAAGAAAUGCUAGUAUCCAGAGCCAACUGGAGCAGUAUUCCAAGAGGCAAAAGUUACAAAGGAUUAGUUCCUCAGAUAAAGUAGAUGUUUCUGGACUAUUCAGUAAUGGUUUGAAAAGCUCUCCAGAUAAAGAAGCAGCUCGAGAUAUAAACUCAACAGCAGUUGCCAAUCGGGUUGUGCCUGCAUAUCGUAGGGCAAAAGUAAGAGGUGCCCUUCUGCAGGAUACAGAAGAGGAACACAAGUAAAAGCUGGGGUGUCUGACAAUUUGGUGUGCACCCUGUUGUGUGAAUUAAUUAUAAUCUUUUUUCCCCUGUUUCUGGUACAAAAGUUAGAUUUAGGUUUCUGUUUUUCAUCCUUUAGACCAGGCUGUAGGACAAUCGGGGGAAAAAAACCAGUUUUAUGCCUCUUUUUAUUGCCAGGAAAAUGUUUGAAACUCUCGUUUUCGGCAAGUGCUUGCAAUUUUGUACUUGUGCUAAUCUGGAAGACCUCUUACUUUGUAGUAGGAAGCUUUUAAGAUAAUUAGAGAUUGGCUAUUGAUUGAAUUUAUGAGCA